AUGGCGACCGCAACUUCGUCGUCGCGCCUCCUGCUCGCCCAUCGCGACUUCUCCCGCAACCUCGACACCGUUUCCUCUUCCUUCUCCUGCGGCAGCUUCUCCUCUCUACAAGCAGCACUGGCUAACGUUCCUCGCUCCCGCAGCAAUCUCGACGAAUUGCUUCCUCCCCCGAGUCUCGCUCGCAUCGAAAACGACGGCAGCGACCCCUCCGGCUCCUGGCGGCCUGCUUCCUCCAUCUACUCGCUCAACCGCGACUCCUACGCCUCCCCCGUCACGCCCAAUUUUGCAAACGUGGCUGCCCGUAAUACCUAUUCCUCCGCCGUCGCGGACAUUUCUCCCCCGAGCUCUCCUGACUUGGAUGCUCGCGGUGACGGAACCUCCACCCAGGACCGAAGUGUCUCUCCCAUAGAAGACUCGCCAAACAUGUCGCAACUCGCUCUCGAAGACCAGCAUACGGGCCAGCAGCCCACGCCCCCAAAGAGCAACAUCCCCAUGAUGCGUCGCGAGCGCAGAAAGAACCAGGACGCCGCAGCCCACACCCUGCGAGAGACCAAAUCCCAGCAGCGCCUGCGGAUCCAGCGCGAGACCAAGUGGGAUGACAUGACGGGCGAACCCACGUACCUCGACACGGGCCGUGCGGGCCAGGUCAGACCACAGGAGUAUGCCCAGGGACUCACCCAUCCGACGCCAUUUGGCAAGUCACCCGCCGCCAUGAGGGCCAUGCAGAAUGCCCCCCAGCCGCAGGAGACCUUCACCGAUCGCCUGCGCAGGCUGCGGCCCGUCGGCGCCGGGAACCCAAAGGACCAUCCAAAGGACCAGCAGCAGCCAGACGAACGUCCAUCUGCCACUGCAACUGCGCCCGUGUCCAUCGACGAGCGUCCGCCCUGGCGCGGCGCUCAUCAAAGCGGACGAACUGCAAUCGUCAACCCAGUUCGCGACACGGAGCCCAAGGAGCCUCUUAGCAUCCCGCGCAGGAGCAGCAGACGCAUCGCCGUUGGGCCUCGGCUGCCCAUCGCCGGCGUCUCUUCACCACUCUCCCCUGUUAGCCCCUCUGGAUCUGAAACGUCGCCGCGGUCGAGGACGCCCACCGUCAGAACUGUGCUCAACGCCCCCCGCCAGCUUACUGCAGGCACCAACGCGCCCUCCCCCUCGGCCACUCGAACCCCUCCGCCCGCUCAGUCCUCCUAUCCCAGCCCGCCCAACUCGGCCAGUGCUGGCGUCCAGUCCCCCGUACUUGCGACGCCCGAAGCCACUAGCAGUCCGCCUGUCACGACCCGACAGCCUGCACCCCUGCCGGGCCUGCCCGCUGCCCCUAAUGCACAUCUCGGCCAAGACAAGGCCAUUCGACGGAAGCCCCCUCCUGCCAACUCGCAAGCGCUUCACGCACCGCAACCGUCAUACUCCUCGAGCGUCUACUCUGUGGCUACCACCGUCCCGCCCGUCAGCACCCACGAGCGAUCGCCGCCUCGCGCACCGAGAUCACCCGGUGAAGCCCUCAAGGCCAACGAGCCUUGGGACCAGCCCCCGUCGCGGUUCAGCGUCACCACCUAUGCCACUUCCGCGGCGGACCAAACCCCUCGCCAGUCGACAGAUACCGCGCCUCCGCCGGUCCCCGCGCUCCCUUCGCCCCAGCAGCAGAACGGUGUCAUGAACCGCAAGCGUCCGGCUGUUCUUGGAUCCACGAGCAACGCCAUCAACGCGGACAAGCCAUUCGUUAUUUCCAUGUCCUCCCCUUACAUGUCCAGCGCCUUCCCCGACAACGACCUGCCCGCUCCUGCACGAUCAGAACUCCCCAGCCAGAAGCAGCCGAUACCGCGCGCUAGUAACGCAAGUAUGUACAGCACGUCCAGUCGACCCGAGUCGGUUUGGUCCACUAGCAAGGCCCUUCCGCCGCCGCCGACCGAGACCUCCAUGGUCAACGAUCGUGUAGGCUACCUCAACGCCCGUCUCGAGUCACUUGGCAACCGCCGCAUCAACAUCAACCAGGCCAUCAAGCAAAUGACGGAGCUCAUGCCGACCGACAGCAUCCUGGCCAGCGAAGCCGUGCUACGCAAGCGCGAGGCGGAGAAGCGCAAGGUCGAGGCUCUCAAGGUUGAGCUGGCAGAGGUCCAGCGCGAGGAGUACGAAAUAGGCCUCAAGCUGCAUCGCGCCUACAAGAGGAUGGAUCGUAAUGCGGAGUACGAGCCGACGACGCUCUGGGUGAGGAGGGUUACUGGCUGA